AUGUACGGAGACCAAGCUAAUAAACUAAUACUAGAUGCAAAAAGAUUCUCAAAUUUACCAAAUAUACCCAUAUAUCAAUCAGAUUUAAUAAAUAAUAUAAUAAAAGAAAUAAAUGAUUUAAAUAAAGAUGCAGAAUAUUUAUCAAUGAUUAAUGAAAAUUUACAAUUAGAAAAAGAAGAAAAUGAACAACAUGGAUUAGAAGAAGUAGAAGAAAGUAAAGAAGAUUAUAAAAUAAAUCAAUGUCAAACUUUUGUAACACAUUUAUCAAUGAGAAGGAAUAAAAGAUGUUUAUUAGCUUAUGAAAAAUUAAGAAGUGAUAAAUUAAUUGAAUUUUCUUGGUUAAAUAUUGAUCCAACUGAAUCUAUAUCACAAGAAAGUACUACUACUACAAAUGUGAAUAAUAAUAAUAAUUAUCAUAAUAAUUCAUCAACAAACAACUCCAAUAAUAACAACUCUUCAAGUACUCAAACCAAUUCGAAAUCUAAAUAUAUACCACCACAACUAAAACUAAUCCCAAAUUAUACAACUCAAUUAGAUUUAAAUAACUUAAAUCAUUUCGAACAAGACUUUUUUAAAAAUUAUUCAAAUUUAAUAACAACAUAUAAAUCAAAAUUUGGUGAAUAUUUAGAUUUAACUGGUGAUUUAAAACCACCAACUGAAAUAUUUAUUGAUGUUAGAUGUUUGAAAGAUGGUGGUGAUGUUACUACUGAAUAUGGUUCAUUCAAUUUAAUUAAAGAUUCUCAAUUUUAUGUAAGGAAAAAUGAUGUUGAAAGAUUAAUUCAACAAGGUUAUCUUGAGGAAAUAUAG